AUGAGCGAGCCCGAGCGCGCCCAUGUGAUCCGCGGCCGCCGCUGCAGCUCCGUGCUGGACGAUGACGAUCUCCUCUGGGAGAUCCUUCUCCGCCUUUCGCCGCAGCCGUCCUCCCUCCCACGUGCCUCCGCAGUCUGCAAGCAGUGGCGGCGCCUCACAACGGAUCCAGUGUUCCUCCGCCGGUUCUGCGAGCAUCACCGGGAGCCGCCCCUCCUUGGCGUCUUCGGGUGCGACAAAGAAAACAUCGUGUUCGCUCCUUCCCUGGGCCCUCCUGACCGUAUCCCUUCCGUGCACUUUGACCUUGGACCACGGCGUAGCGGCAGGAUUGCCAAGCUUGUGAACCCUGUGCUCGGGUGCCACCACGGUCGCGUCCUCAUUGGGGACUAUAUACGGAAACAAGUCAUUGUGUGUGACCCCAUCACUGGCGAGCAGUGUCGUGUGGCCGUCCCUUUGGAGUUCCGGAGGGACCACUUCUGCGGGGCAGUGCUCUGCGCCGCUAGCGAUCAAGGCCACGUGCACGGCGCAUGCCAUUCAAGCCCCUUUAAGAUUGCAUACUUGAGUUUGAUUUGA